AUGUCCUGCCUUUUUGACCAAUUAACAAAAUUUGCGGAGUUACUGAUAGAUCUGGAUCGCAAAUUUCAGCUUGAACCGGUGUCUACAGAAUUAGAAGUGGGCAAUCGCUUGGUUCUUACAUGCAUACCUCCGAAGGGAAAGCCGGAACCUGAGGUAUACUGGAUGAAAGACGGCAAACGUGUCACAAAAGAUGCAUUUCCGCAUAUCAUCAUCAAUGACUACAACCACCUACUUAUUGAAAACGUAACAGUUUCGGACAGUGGUAACUACAGCUGCGUCGCCGAAUGUAUCGGAAUUGAGUAUCGGUAUGCGACAGCAAAGGUGAAUAUCCACGAUCCUAUUGCCAAGAAAAUACACAAUCCUCGCCUUGAAAGCCAGACACUUCAUGAUACUACUGAACUACAAAAGUUAAUCCGUACACAUGAAGUCGCCAUUUACGUAUGCCUUCUCCUAUUUCUGGCAUUCGUACUCGUCGUAGUGGCUUUGGUUGCUAAUCGAAAGCGCAAACUGCAACGGAUGACCAAUUCUGGAUACUGUUUCACGAGUUGUUUGGGCGGACAUGAUUCUAUUCCAUUGGAGAAAAAUGCUUUGGUCUCCAAGGAUCCACUACUGAUGAAUGAUUUCAAGCAAUCUACGACCACCAUAAAAAUUCCGAGCGGAUUCGAAGCAAACCAUACAUUUUAUGAAGGAUUAUCAACUUCUCACCUCACGCAAAAUGGUGAAAAUCUACCUGGUCACUAUAACCCAGUGAAGGAAAACCAACAAUCACAGCCGUGUCCCGUAAUUCAAGCUUUUCCUCUAGUUCCAGCUGCAACAUACUUUGGGCCCUCUGGUACAACAGAAUUUCCUAUGAAUUCCUACUCUCCUGCACCUAUCAGUCUGGCUCGUAUCGGCGCUAUGAAUCCUCCUACAGAUACAAUGAGUUCUUCGCUACCAUACUUUGUAUCUAACAUCCAUACGACAGGAACCGUGUCACAAAAUGAGAUAGGUACUUGUGUACAACAAAACGUCAACUCAACCGAGGGUGACAUUCUGAUAUCAAGAGCAACCUACCCAACUCUAAUGUUUCCGGAUUUAUCUGAAGGUCAGUCUUCUGCGAAUACCACUACCAACACCACAGCUGUCGGGUCAGGAAACGCGGGAAGCAGUAAUUGCUCUCCUGUUGUGCACUCCAAUACCAAUGCAAAUCCGAGAAAUCCCUAUACUUCUAAAGAGGAAGUGGAGACGGACUUUGAUUCAGGAACAAAUGAGUCGCGUUCCGUAGAGUCAUCAUCCGCUUAUCAGUACAGCUCUCCAAAUUUAGCCCUCAGAGCGGAGUUACAAGAACUGUGUUACGUUACAACAAAAACCUUAUCUGAACAAGGAGGAUUAUUGCAAAUACCGAAUACAGGAACUUCGCUAUAUGUGCCACAUGGGUCCAUACCUCCCAACACUGAAGAGCAAAUCUACUUGGGAUUGUGUCGAGAUGAUGGGCAACGACCGUGUCUUACUGAUUCCCAGACACUCCUCAGUCCGAUAGUGCAGUUUGGUCCUGCGAAUGUCUCGCUGACGAAGGCAGUCAGUUUAAGUAUUCCGCACUGCGCAGCAACCGAUCGUGGACAAGCGGUUAUUCGACUGAUGACAUGGGAUACCAGUUUUAAAAUGAAAAAACCUCACAUGUAUGACAAUGACAAGGAUGAAUACAAGGAGACUACGUGCUUCUCGUAUGACCUUUCACUAGACAGAGAGCGUGGAGAUGAAAACAGCCACGAUGAUAAUAAAUGGAAGGAACUAAUUACAAUGGUUAUUCAGUCAAACAAGGUAACAACAUUCGAAUCGGAUCCUGGAAUCUUGAUGCGCUUUAACUCUUCGGCGGCCCGACUGAUCACGCAAACUCCCCAUAGGACAAUGGAGCUAAUUUGUGUUUUGUUGUCAACAAUCUCUCGGAAGGAUAGCGAAGCCGGCUGCAAGUUAACACACAAGAGAUUCCAUUUCGGCAUAACUGGAGAGGGACACAAGUGUUCACUCUGCAUUGUGCCUUCACGUUUGAACAUGUGGACGUGA